AUGGCUAUAAACGAAGUUGAUAAUAAUUUAAAGGAGAAAGUCUUGAGGGCAAUUUCUCUUCCUCCUCUUCUUAAGGAGGCAUUGGUGUCCCUCCCUGAUUGCAGCAGCAGCAGCAGCAGCAGCAGCAACCUGCAGCAGCAGCAGCAGCAGCAGCAUGCAACAAUGAUGAUAGAAUCAUGUGAGGCAUGGGUGCAGCAAUGUGUUGCAUUAGCCUGGGUAACAUGUGCAGCAAGAGAGAGGGAGAGACACAGACAAGAGUUGUUGUUGUUGCAGCAGCAGAUGCAGCAGCAGCAGCAACAGCAGCAAUUGCUGCUGCAGGACGAAAGAAGACAGCUAGAGCUGCAGCAGCAGCAGGUGCAGCUGCUGCAGCAGCAACUAGAAUUAAGGAAGCAAAUACACCAGACAGAGAUACAAGAAAGAGAGAAUCAAUGGAAGAGGAAGCUUAAACAGGCACUGCAGCAGCAACUGCAGCAGCAGCAGCAACUGCAGCAGCAGCAGCAACUGCAGCAGCAGAUGGAACGUAUUUCUUCUGCAGCUGCUUCUGAUGCUGCAGAUACUGCAGCAGCUGCAGCUGAAUAUGAGCAGCAGCAGCAGCUGCUGCAGCAGCAGCAGCUGCAGUCCGGUGUCUCGAAGGCAGCAGCAUCAUACAGGAAGUAUGAAUACAAAGAAGCAUCAGCAGCAACAACAGCAGUCUAUAUUCAGCAGCAGCAGCAGCAACAGCAGCAGCAGCAGCAGCAGCAGCAGCAGCAGCAGCCACCCUGA